AUGGCAAGCGCAGGGACGAGCAGAAACGUCCGGACUGAGUUGAAUUACUCGAAACCUGUUGAAGGCAAUACCAUUUCUAUCGACUUCACAAAGCCAGGAGCAGAGGCGAAGUUCGAGGAUCUCAACGAGAAUGGCUCGACCAGCCACGAUGUGACCAUCAACGACGUUCGCGGUAAAACACAAGAUUUGAGUUUGGCGAGCAAUGGCUUUCAGUACGUCUCACACGACGUCGCCGGUCUUGGUGAUUGCAAGACCGAGCAGGAAAUUACAGACCUACUACUGCCCGCCACCAAGGAGCUUGUGCAGAAUCAACUUGGGGCCUCUCGAAUUGACAUCCUCACUAGCCGUAUCCGCAGCAAAUACUCCACAGAUCCAGCCAAGCGUCAAGAAUACCGUGGUCCUGCAAACAGCGUCCAUUCAGACUUCACUCCUGCUGGAGCCCUGAAGCAACUCGAAAAUGUCAUCACUGAUGCCGAAGAGCGCCAGCAACUCAUCGAGAACCAUCGAGUCUAUGUCAUCAACGUAUGGCGACCUCUCAAGCCGAUCACUCGAGAUCCUCUCGCCGUCUGCGAUUGGCAAACCGUCGAUCGGCACCGCGACUGGAUUUCGAAAAGGUUCAUAUACCCUGGCAAUUGGUCCGAGCUGGGAACCCCAGUCUAUCAUCCAGAUCACCGAUGGUACUGGAUCAGCAAUCAGCGGCCUAACGAAGCACUGGUGUUCGUGCAAUUCGAUGGUGACAAAGUCGACGAAGGAGGAAUGACUGUCGCUCACACUGCCUUCGUCGACCCAGACUUCAAUGAAGGGCCUCCACGUGAGAGUAUGGAGAUCAAGAUGUUUGCUUUUGUACCCAGGGUGUGA